AUGAACAAACAACCUGCACUCGAUGAACUUUUGAAAAUUAUUUUUUGCCAAUGCAAAAAAGGAUGGGGUGUUUCAUGUGGGUGCAGAAAAGUUGGUUUAUACUGUAACUCUACUUGUUCUGGGUGCUCAGGUGAAGGGUGCAAUAAUAGUCCACCAAUAAUUGAAGAUGAGGAUGACAUAGAUCACGAUGAAGAUGACGCUGCAGAACUAAGCAAGGAACAGGUUGCUUUGCUUAAAAAUGCCUUUGACACAUUUGACGUCGAAAAAAAGGGCAGCAUCGGUACUGUAAUGAUUGGAACGAUCUUAAGUAUGCUUGGUGUUCAGACAACGGAGCAAACUCUGAAGGAAAUCAUUGAUGAAGUAGAUGAAGACGCCCGUAAAGCUAACAUACUCCAAGUUUAUGCACCAACUGCUGACAAGUCGGAUGAUGAAAUAGAGCAGUUCUAUGAGAAUCUCCAAGAAUUACUUAAAAUGACAAAGAGUUAUGAAACAACAUUAAUCGUAGGAGAUUUUAAUGCCAAAGUGGGUUGUGUAAAAGUGGAACAUAUUUGUGGAAAUUACGGACUGGGCAAUCGCAAUGAUAGAGGUGACAGACUACAACAAUUUUGCCAGGAGAAACAACUAACUAUCAUGAACACCUGGUUCAAGCUACCACUACGGAGGCUGUAUACGUGGAAAUCACCCGCAGAUAAUAAAAAGAAUUGUCGAUAUAAAAAUGCAAUAACGGAUACAAGAACAUACCCAGGCGCAGAUGUUCCAUCGGCUCACAACCUACUAGUGGCUAAAUUAAAAAUAAAGUUCAAAAUGCUAAAAAAGACUGUCAAAAGAAAAACCGACAUCAAUUUACUUAAACAAGAAAAUAUACAAAGUAUGGUAAAGACUAAACUCAACGAGGAAUGUGAAAGACUCCAAAGAGAGUUAUCACCAACUACAGAAGGCUUAUGGACUGAAGUCAAGAAUGCUUUUACUAGCGCCGAGAAAUAUAUAAAAGACACUAAUAACAAAAGAAAAUCUAAACCCUGGAUGACACAAAAAAUUCUGAGAAUGAUGGAUACUCGAAGAGCCUACAAAAAUAAAAAUAAUGAAAAAUAUAGGGAGAUACAUCGUCAAAUCAAGAAAGAAAUAGCUACCGCAAAAGAGAAUUGGAUGAUAGAAAACUGCCAAGAGAUCGAAGAAUUAAUAAAAUUAACAAACGACGAGAAUGAAAAGGUAUGGGAAUUAAGCGAUCUAAACAACGUAUGGGGACAUUACAUAGAAGAACUAUUCUCGGACACACCACUAAACAACAUAAUAUAUAAAAACCAUGAAACCAGUCCUCCUAUAUUAAAACAAGAAGUAGAGAGAGCAAUCAAAACGCAAAAAAUGGGAAAGCCCAUGGCCCCGAUGACAUACAUACGGAAAACAGAAGCCGGUGACACAGAAAUAUUCAAUAUCAAGCGAGGUGUACGACAGGGGUGUGUAUUGUCACCACUACUUUUCAAUAUAUAUUCGAAAGAAAUCUUUGCACGAGCACUAGAGCAAUCAAGAGAAGGUGUUAAAAUUAACGGCAGAGUUCUAAAUAAUGUACGAUACGCCGACGACACGGUCCUAAUUGCAGAGAGCGCACAGGAUCUCGAGACACUCUUAGAUCGCGUCAGAUCGAUCGGAGAACAAUACGGCCUCAGCAUUAACGUCAAGAAAACAAAAACAAUGAUUGUCUCCAAAACAUCCAUCCAUCCACCCAUGGCUUUAAACGUGAAUGGUAACAUUAUCGAAAAUGUCGAGAAAUUUCGAUAUCUAGGGUGCUGGAUAACGAAAGAUAUAGAUCCAGACAUAGAAAUAAAAUCGCGAAUUGAACAAGCAAGAAAUGUCUUUUUAAAAAUGAAACAAAUGUUUACGUCCCAAACACUCAAUCUCAAAAUCCGAUACCGAAUGCGGAAAUGUUACGUUUACAGCACCUUACUAUAUGAAAUGGAGGCCUGGACCUUCAAAAUCAACUCACUCAGGCGUUUGGAAAGUUUUGAAAUGUGGUUAUUUCGAAGCAUGCUGAAAGUCCCCUGGACAGCGCAUAUGAGCAACGAGCAGGUCCUACACAAGAUGGGUACCGACAGAGAACUCUUAAAAAUAAUGAAAACACGGAAAACCUUAUAUUUGGGACACAUAUACAGAAAUGAGAAAUACCAGCUACUGCAGCUUCUUAUAGAGGGGAAGGUAGAAGGAAAACGUGGUCCUGGUAGACGGCAGGCGUCCUGGUUGAAGAACAUUCGUGAGUGGACUGGUUUGGAUUCUCAAUCCUUAAUAAGAUAA